GAGCAUGUAUCAGGCAGAACUCGAGAAAUAUCAGACUCGAAACUGUCAGAGCUAACUGACCACUUGAUAUAAAUUGAAAUUUAUAUUUUAAAAGCACGGCGCAAUAAUGAAUUCCGCUAGAUUAGCAUCAGCAGCUACGGUAUCAGAGCCAAAUCUUCCGCCACAGAUAACUGAGUUCAGCGUAAGGGUGCCGAAAAACACGAAGAAAAAAUUUAAUGUAAUGAAAUUUAAUACAGCCCAAGGAAUCGACUUUAAUGAAUGGAAGGACGCGAAGAUGGAGAGAGAAAAUAACAGGAGUGAUUUUAACAGGGCACAAGAGGAGAUACCCAAAUACGGAGCCGGUUCAGAGUUUGGCAGAGAAGCCAGAGAAGAGGCAAGGAGGAAGAAGUUUGGCAUCAUAAGUCAAAAGUACAAUCCGGAAGCCCAGCCUUGGAUACUCAAACCUACGGGUAAAACCGGCAAAAAGUUCAAGGGCAAUCGAAACGGCGGCAUCGGUGACAAUUCAGCUUACUACGUCUUCGUCAGCGGUGACGACGGAAAUAUAGAGGCAUUUCCACUAAAGGAAUGGUACAACUUCCAGCCCGUUCAAAGGUACAACGCUCUGAGUGCUGAGGAGGCGGAGAUGGAGUUCAAUCAAAGAAAUAAAGUGAUGAACUAUUUCUCGGUCAUGAUGCGAAAGAGAUUACGCAACGAUGAAGAAAACGACGAAGAUAGCGAAAUGCUGAAAACCGAGAAAGGAAAGAAGACAGGAAAGGACUCGAAAGUUUUAAAAAUUUCUGAAAUGGAUGACUGGAUGGACAGCGACGACGACGAUGAUUCCGACAGCGACGAGAAGGAAAACAAAAAGAAAUCCGACGAGGAAGACGAGGACGAUAAGAAAAAGAAAAAGAAAAGUGCUGGCAAAAAGAAGAAAAAGAACGUGUCAGACGAUGAAGCGUUCGAAGAGAGCGAUGACGGAGACGAGGAGGGAAGAGAGUGCGAUUACAUAUCCGAUUCGUCAGCCUCUGAAUCCGAGCUCGAGUUGCAAAAGGAAAUCAAAUCCGUGGCGGAGGAAGAUGCUCUGAGAAAAUUACUGGUGUCCGAUGAAGAGGACGAGGACGAAGACGAUAAAGAGAAGAAGGAUGAAGCUGAAAAAUCUGACGAAACAGACGGCGACAAGGACGACAAGGAUAAGAAGAAAGCGGGCACGAGUAAUGGAAAGAAGAGCAAAGGCAAGAAUGCCCAAAAUGGAGAAAAGAAAAACGGCACAGCAUCUUCUACCGACGCGAAAUCCAGCCCCGAUCAGAAGCCAGCCAGUACACCGAGUCCCAGAUCAGCCACACCGACCAUCGCUAGCGCUGCUAUAUCCGAGUCGAGGAAGAGACCUUUGACCAUUUCGCCUGAGCCUUCGACGGCAAUGAAGAUGAAAGUGGAAAGUAACUACAUGCCGUCAUCGUCUGGGUCAAAUAGCGAAACUGGAAUAACAGAAGACGCGGUCAGGCGCUACCUGAUGCGCAAGCCGAUGACGACGACGGAGCUUCUUCAGAAGUUCAAAGCGAAGAAGACUGGCCACAGGACCGAAGAGAUAGUUGUUCUGAUAACGAACAUUUUAAAGAAAAUAAAUCCGAUCCGUAAGAAGGUCAAAGACAAGCUGUACUUGUCUCUCAAGCCGGAGCAAUAGUAGUCGGACUGAGAACGUUUGUGUAAAUGUUGAUUAAUGAAUGAGUGUUUUUAUUGGAUUAUUUUCAAGAGUCAAUUUUUUAAAUUUCGAUUAUUUAUUUACGAUUUUAAUUGUAUUUGUACAUGUAUUUCAAUCAAUUUGGACAAUGUUGGCCAAUAAUUCUAGUAUUUUAUUAAGUUUUUUGUCUAUAGCCGACCUGCUGCUAGUGUGAUUUCAAAAUUGUAAAAAAUGUUAAAUAAACUUUAUUUUAAGCAUA